GGCAGUGCCAUGGGCUUUGGGCCGGAGCUGUGGUGCCCGCAGGGGCACAGCGCGCUGCUGCGGCUGCAGGACAGCGAGCUGCGCCUCCUGGAGCUGAUGAAGAAGUGGAUGUCGCAGCGCGCCAAGAGCGACCGGGAGUAUGCGGGGAUGCUGCACCACAUGUUCUCCCAGCUGGAGAAGCAGGAGGGCCCUGGGCAGCCUCGCGCCGGCGACCACGGUGGCCAGAUCGGGGAGUCCUGGUGGGUGCUGGCGAGCCGGACGGAGACGCUGAGCCAGAUCCUGCGGCGGCACGCAGAGGAGCUGGCGGCUGGGCCACUGGCCAAGCUGAGCCUGCUCAUCCGUGACAAGCAGCAUCUCCGCAAGGCAUUUAGCGAGCAGUGGCAGCAGCUCAGCCAGGAGUACACCCGGACCACGCAGCAGGAGAUGGAGAAGCUGAAGGCACAGUACCGCAGCCUGGCACGUGACAGUGCCCAGGCCAAGCGCAAGUACCAGGAGGCCAGCAAAGACAAGGAGCGGGACAAGGCGAAGGAGAAAUACGUGCGCAGCCUCUGGAAGCUCUACGCCCUGCACAACCAGUACGUGCUGGCUGUGCAGGCGGCCACGCUCCACCACCACCACCAUUACCAGCGGGCGCUGCCCAGCCUCCACCAGUCCCUCUACAGCUUGCAGAAGGAGAUGGUCCUUGUCCUGAAGGAGAUCCUCGGGGAGUACUACAGCAUCAGCAGCCUGGUGCAGGAGGACAUGCUGGCUGUGCACCAGGAAAUCGCUGGCGCCAUCCAGGCCAUCGACCCGGCCACCGAGUACAGUGGCUUUGUCCAGAGCCACAGGUACGGCUCUGAGGUGCCACCGGCCGUGUCCUUCGACGAGAGCUUGCUGGAGGAGACAGAGAGCCUGGUGCCGGGGGAGCUGCAGCUGAACGAACUGACCGUUGAGAGCGUUCAGCACUCCCUGACGUCGGUCGAGGAGGAGCUGGCGGCCGCCACAGAGGCUGUGAGCAGCAAGGAGCAGCAGGUGUGGGAGCUGCAGGCAGAGAUCCGAGGCGAGGAGCAGGGCCAGAGCUCCAGGGAGCGGGUGCACUUGCUGGGCAAGCGGCAGGGACUGCAGGAGGUGCAGCAGCAGCUCGAGGGCUGCCUCUGCACCCAGGCUAAGCUGCAGGCGCAGCGGGACCUGCUGGCUGGGAAGCUGGCGGAGCUGGGCACCGGGGAGCCCCUGCCUGCCCUGCCUCUGCAGGAGGACCGGCAGUCGGUCUCCUCCGUGGAUCAGGAGCGGAGCGGGGCCACUGCGCUGGAGACCCUCAAGAACCACAUCUCGGGCAUCUUCAGCCCCAAGUACUCGCUGCCGCCCCCCGUGCCCCUGAUCCCGGAGGUGCAGAAGCCACUGUGCCAGCAGGUCUGGUACCAUGGGGCCAUCCCACGCUCGGAGGUGCAGGAGCUGUUGAGCUGCAGCGGGGACUUCCUGGUGCGGGAGAGCCAGGGCAAGCAGGAGUACGUGCUCAGCGUGCUGUGGGACGGGCAGCCCCGGCACUUCAUCAUCCAGGCUGCCGACAACAUGUACCGGCUGGAGGGGGAGGGCUUCCCCACCAUCCCACUGCUCAUCGAGCACCUCCUGCAGAGCCAGCAGCCCAUCACCCGGAAGAGCGGGAUCAUCCUGGCCAGGGCCGUGCCCAAGGACAAAUGGGUGCUCAACCACGAGGACGUGCUGCUGGGGGAGCACAUCGGCCGGGGCAACUUUGGGGAGGUGUUCAGCGGCCGCCUGCGUGCUGACAACACCCCCGUGGCUGUGAAAUCCUGCCGGGAAACCCUCCCGCCCGAACUCAAGGCCAAGUUCCUGCAGGAAGCCAGGAUCCUCAAGCAGUACAACCACCCGAACAUCGUCCGGCUCAUCGGUGUCUGCACCCAGAAGCAGCCCAUUUACAUUGUCAUGGAGCUGGUGCAGGGGGGAGACUUCCUGAGCUUCCUGCGCAGUGAGGGGCCCCACCUGCGGGUGAAGGACCUGAUCAAGAUGACGGAGAACGCUGCUGCCGGCAUGGAGUACCUGGAGAGCAAGCACUGCAUCCACAGGGACCUGGCCGCUCGCAACUGCCUGGUGACGGAGAAGAACAUCCUGAAGAUCAGUGACUUCGGGAUGUCGCGGGAGGAGGAGGAUGGCAUCUACGCCUCCACAGGGGGGAUGAAGCAGAUCCCGGUCAAGUGGACCGCCCCUGAAGCACUCAAUUAUGGCCGAUACAGCUCGGAGAGCGAUGUCUGGAGCUUUGGGAUCCUGCUGUGGGAAGCCUUCAGCCUGGGUGCUGUCCCCUACACCAACCUCAGCAACCAGCAGACGCGAGAGGCGGUGGAGCAGGGCGUGCGGCUGGACCCCCCAAAGCAGUGCCCCGAGGAGGUGUACCGGCUGAUGCAGCGGUGCUGGGAGUAUGACCCCCGCAAGCGGCCCAGCUUCAGCACCAUCCACCAGGACCUCAUCGCCAUCCGCAAGAGGCACCGGUGAGGGGGA